AUGAACCGCAAGGAACAAGGGCUGUUGGAGGUGGCGCCAUGGACUGUGCUGUUGUCGUCUGCGAUGGGAACACUGUCCAGCUCCCGCUUUCCCUUGACAGAAAAAACAAAGGAACCGAAGCCAAACCAAACCGGAGAGAAGGGGUCGGGCCCCACGGGAGAGGAGGCAGGAGAAGGAAAGGCUAUGCUAGGACAACCACAGCUCCAGGCCUCACCACCAGCUCUGUCACCUAACCACACCCCAGACACCGCUGCUGUCCUGAGGGGGGGGGGGGGUUGGGACAGUCCCUCCAGCAUGUCCCCUCCCCCCCCCCUCCCGCCCUGA